AUGCUUUCACAGUUCAAAGAAACCGUUAAUCCUGAGUCACCACCAAAUGACCUUGAAAUAGGCAAUCUAGAGUUUAUUCCCACCCUUGGUUCUGCUGUGCAGUCUGGGGAAGACACCUAUAACUCCCCAGUUUCUCAGCUCAAUAUUCCUCCAAAUGACAAUGGCUCCUGGGCAAAGCAGGAGCUCCAAAGCCUGUGGGAUAUGUUUACCUCAUGGUUGCAGCCAGAAAAGCAGAGCAAGAAGCAGAUGAUUUCUCAACUGGUCUUGGAGCAGUUUCUCAUCACUGGGCUCUACAAGGACAAGGUCGCCUUGAAAGAAAAGUGGGAAUCAAGUGGCAGAAACAUGGGGAGAUUCAUGGAGGGUCUGACUGAUGAGUGCUUGAAGGCUCCUGUCAUGGUCCAUGUCUCCAUGCAGGGGCAGGAAGCCCUCUGUUCUGAGAACAUGCCCUUAAAGGAAGUCAUCACGCUUUUGAAACAACAGCAAUCAGCAAUAACUCCAACACAAGAGAAUGCAAGGACAUCCUUGCAGCUGCUCCAACACAUGUCCUUGGCAGCGGGACAUGAAGACAGUGAAGAUAGCUGCGAAAGUCCCUGGGACGCUAUUGAAGGAAAUGGCAGUGCUAACAGUGUGGGAACUACGAUGGAUUCCCUUCUCACUGUCCAGAGAGCACAGAUAGACCAGUCUAAAGACACUGGAGAUGGCCACCACCCUUCCUGGAACACUGCUGACGUAAAUAGUGAUGUUAGCAGUAUCACAAAUGAGGGAGAUUCCCUUAUUAUCCAGAGAGAGCAGCAUUCCAAGCCUGAUGAGGGAGGUGUUCCAUAUGGAGUUCCUCAUGAUUCUAGAAAAGCAAUUUGCGAUGCCUCCAGGUCCCCAUGGGCAUCUUCUUCUACAGGUCUGUCUAUGGAGGUGUCAAGAUUUCUCUCCAGGCCAGAGCAGCUUACCUUUGUGCCUGUCCCUUUUUGCAAGAAUCAUGAGGCAAACUCCACAUGGGAUGCUCACCAGGGUACACUCUACAGAGACUCCAAACCACACAAAUAUGAAGAAUGUCCCAGAACCUUCAAAUAUCUCUGUAACCUCUCUGUCCACGAGAGAAAACACGGGAAGAAGAGAUCACUUUUCUGUACUGAGUGCCAGAAGGGCUUUAAUCAAGGCUCAGAACUCCAAGUUCAUGAGGUCAGACACAAGCCAGAAAAGCCUUUCCUGUGCAGCACGUGUGGAAGGUCCUUCAACCACAGGACCAACCUGCAGGCUCACGAGAGGAUUCACACAGGAGAGAAGCCCUACAUCUGCUCUCUGUGUAGCCACAGCUUCCGCCAGUCAUCCACAUUCCACCGUCACAUGAGGAAUUUCCACAAAUCAGAAUGA